AAACUUUCACGCGUGGAUCAGGAGAACUCGGCUUUUGGAAAGAGCAAGCGCCCCGCUGGUGGAGGCAUGGAGGGGGAAAGAUGACCUGGGACUGGAAUAGAGUCAGAUUGUUGCUGUGUCUUUUUUUCCUGCUGCACAUGGAGGAGAAGAUACACCUUGUUUACAUCCUGGUCUGACCCACUGCCUGGUGCUGCAGAGGAGCCGCUCUUCCACGUUGACCUGUAGAUCCCCAUAAAGUCCCACCCUAUGAAUUUCGACCAGAUCCUCGCUGCCGUCGGCGGCUUUGGCAAAUAUCAGAAGAUCUUGUACAUCUGGAUUUGUUUGCCUCAGAUCCUUCUCGCCUUCCACAUGAUGGUGAGCAUCUUCACCGGGGCCACGCCGCCCUACCGCUGCCGGGAAAGCUCCAGCCCAGGAGCGGGGAAUCAGACUUCGCUCCCCGCAGAGAACGCCAGCCUCUCGGAGUCCUCCUGCUUCUCCUCGGAGGUGAUGCUGCGGCCGCAGGGCAACCGGACGGAGCGCGUCCCGUGCGGCCGCGGCUGGGUCUACAGCACGGAGGUUUUCCAUAGCACCACUGUGACCGAGUGGGACCUGGUGUGCAGCAAAGCUGGACUGAACAGCCUCGGAUCCUCCAUCUACAUGUUCGGCCUGUUGGUGGGAUCUGUGCUGUUUGGAGCCAUGGCUGAUAGGUACGGCCGACGUUUGGUCCUGCUGUUGUCCAUCGCGCUGCAGACUGUGUUUGGAGUCGCUGUAGCUUUUGCGCCCAACUUCCCAGUCUACGCGAUUCUUCGCUUCGCAGUUGGGACCACCAUAUCUGGAGUCAUUAUCAACGCUUUUGUUCUUGGUACUGAGUGGACGUGUACCAAGAGACGCAUGCUGGCGGGCAUCAUCACGGACUACGCCUUCGGCCUGGGAUACAUGCUGCUUGCAGGGGUGGCCUACCUGAUACGAGACUGGAGAAAACUGCAGCUCGCCAUAUCAGCCCCAGGCUUCCUGCUUAUCUUCUACAUACGGGUUCUGCCCCAGUCUGCCCGGUGGCUACUGGCCAACGACAGGAGAGAGGAAGCCAUCGCACUCCUCCGCAAAGCUGCGCUAGUUAACGGCCGGGUCUUACCUCCCGCUGUCCAGGCUGAAAAGUGGGAGUUUUUAGGCGGCUCAAAGCGAAGUCACUCAGCUAUGGAUCUAAUCCGGACACCACAGAUGAGAAAGAGAACCAUCAUUUUGUUCUACAUCUGGUUUGUGAACGUGCUAGUCUACUAUGGGCUGUCUCUGGGUGUGUCUCGGUUGGGGACGGACCUCUACCUGACCCAGUUUGUGUUUGGGUUGGUUGAGAUCCCAGCUCGCUCUCUGGUCCUGGUCGUCCUGCCCUUCAGCCGACGCCUCUCCCAGAGUGGCUUCCUGGCGAUUGGGGGUCUUGCCUGCUUGUUGAUGCUCGCCGUCCCUGCAGAUCAUCCCAAUGUCCUGACUGGGCUUGCCAUGGUUGGGAAGUUUGGUAUUACGGCCUCAUUUGCUGUCAUCUAUGUGUACACUGCUGAGAUUUUCCCUACUGUGGUAAGGCAAACAGGAAUAGGCGUGUCCAGCAUGUUUGCGAGGAUGGGGGGCGUACUGGCGCCCAUUAUAAACAUGCUGCACAACCACAACCCCGUCACGCCGCUUAUCAUCUUCGGCACUUCCCCGCUUCUGGGAGCCAUUCUCGCCUUGGCGCUGCCUGAAACUGCUGACCGACCUUUGCCAGACACGCUGGAGGACGUAGAGAACUGGGACAUCAGGAUGGCUCCCAUUUUGGAAAACCUUGAGCCGUACCAAGACUUCAAACCACCAGAGAGCAGCUGCAACAUCUAGCGAGCCAGAACUCAACAUCUGUGUAACAGAGAUGAGCCGACUCUGUCAACCAAACGUUUCGCUGCCUCGAAGCUCCGAUAUCUAACACACUCAAUCAACUUCUAUGCAACUGCAAGUCACGAUGUGAUUAUGAGCUCUAUCCAAGAAAGCAAGACAUUCUCCACACACCAAAUCAGCACAAGGUGUUCACACACAAACACACACAAAGAAGGCAUUCAGCGCUCCUGCCAAGGCCAAUGAAAACCUCCCUGUUUAAUCAGACGCAGGUGAGAACCAACAGUCAGGAAUAGUUGCAGUUUACACUUCCGUAUAUCCGUCGUCCAGUUUGUACCUUUAACCCAGUUUUACAAAGCGAAUUCAUUUAGAGCGCCCUAUACAUAUAAGGAAGUAGAAAAUAACUCACCUUAGGAAUUAGGAGACAAUUUUUGCAUAUUUGUAUACCUUUAUAAAUGUCUAUAUAAAACUGCCAGUCCAACACUAAUGCAGCUUACAGGCCUGAUAAGCUCCGUAGGGUCUCGUUGAAAAGCAGAAGUACCUUUCAGAUCUAGGAUUUUAUGUAUAAGGACAUCGAGGUAAGUGGUUUAGCAAUUUGGAAAGUACACCUCAGAAGAACAACACAUUUAACAGUUGUCAUUAUUUAUUUAUAUGAUUUACAUAUAUAAUAUCCUAGCAUUUCUGACUCUCUGAAGAUUUCUUUUCUUCAACGGAUCAAUUAUCUUCAGUUCACCGAAGAUUGCAGACAUCCAUUUUGUCAACAUUGCCAGGUUUGGUGCAUCUCUUUCGAUUGUUAUCAAGUUGCGUGACACAGUUUCAUGAACUAGUUUGCUCCCUUAUGUUCAAAUUAGACUGUUCCAGAAAUCCUGCUUCUUUAUCGACGCAACUCUGCAAAUUUAAAGGUGUGGCAUUCCGUACCCGUGUAGACUUUCACGUGUACGAAAAGGAGCUGUCAGUCAUGAAGGGGCUUCAUGCGCCGUCCAUACCCACCAGGUGUCCCUUUGGAAUCAAUAAAGUAUUUUUGAACUGAAAUGACAUCUAUGAAUCUUCCAAAUAAUACAUUUUAGCAGGUCAACUUGGAGUUAUUUUUGGUUUGAUCAGGGGAUCAUACUCUACCUUAUGAUAAACUGUCCCUAAAAAGAUUUUAGUAUUCUGUAAUUUCCUGAAUAAUUCAAAAUACUAAAUUAACAAGUAAAAUAAACUAAUACGCAGUGAUUUUUAGUGUACUGGUACAAAAUCGCAACGCUUGGGUAAAGAAAUAUAGGCGUUAGGGUGAUUGCUAUGGAGGUUUUAAAUGUUUUCAUGCCUGACCUCAGACAGGCAUUUCUUGGUUGAUCUGCAGCUACGUUAAAUUGUUCAGUCUUUGUUGCCGCAGAAUGAUGGAUAGUUCAGAAAAGACAUCAUAAAUGACCCGAGUCAUUUUUGCUGACGACUUUUCACUCAGGAUGCACCAUCCAAUAUUAAUAUUGUUGUUCUGGCUGAUAAAUUCUAUUUGCCGAUAUUAUAUAUAUUUCUCUACCCUUUUGAUAUUAUAAAAUGACCACCAUGUUGACGUUGCUUCUCCGCUUCAAGGUACACAAUCCUUUGCUUCAUCACAUGACCAAACAUUGCCUGCCGAUAACGAAACAUAGAUAGCAAUAAAACGGAAAUGAACAUUAGUUGUUAACAUGGCCAUAGUUUUACUUAUCGAAACAAUCCGAUAAAAAAUGACCGUCAUCGGCCGAUACUUAUGCGAUAUAUUGGCAUUAACAUAUCUCUACUUUUAAAAUUGGAAUAUUCCAUACUCUUUCACAUGCUUAGAGCAGUCCACUCAAUGUAAAGGUGCUGAAGUCCUAUGGAUGAUGACUGCACCUCUAACCCCUUCAACUCGCUUUCAAAGGUCUGCUUUCGCUUUGCUACGCAUUGCUUCUAUCUGUCUUUACCAUAUGUCGUUCAUAUGAGUUUCCAUCUUCCCAACUUUAAGGCCUUUAGUUUGUUUAAAUCUUAUACAUUUAAACUUCACUGAACUGAAAUGACUGUAAAUCCCGGACAGGGCUCUUAAGCAUUUUUACAUUUCAUACAAAACACUUUUUCCAAAGUGUUUCAUGUCUCCUGAGUUGUAAUGUGAAGCAUGAGUGCUGUAUUUUAAUGCUAUUUUUCCAAGUAGCUGCAGCCGAGAUUAGUUUGCAUGCACUAGUUCCUUUUGUCAUGCACUGUGUAGCUUUUGUAUGACUUCUAUAGACUUGGUUUUUUAUUGAAAUCAUGGGAUGUAACAGAUCAGCAUGAAUCAAGGUGCUCGACUUUAGUAUUUUUUGUAGACAUAUGCUGUUUUGGAUGAGUGAAACGUAAUCACAUGUGAAUCACGUGUGAAUCAAUAUAUACUCUAUUGAGUUGUUUGAUCUAGUAGGUUUAAGGGCUGUAGUUGCAUUUAUAGAAGAAAUGGUUGAGAAAAAGUGCAGGCAUCAAGUUGCUGCAGAUUUCUGCUGCAAAAAAAUGUUUUUAAAACAAAAAUUGUCUAUAGCCAAAAAAAAAAGUUUAUAUAGAUUCUUGCAUAUCUUGAUAUUCUUCAUAUUUUCUUAAAGCACGACCACAAAUUCUAGUGGAUGUUACUGGGAUUUUCUGUGAUAGACCAACACAAAGUAGAAGAUAAUUACCAAGUGAAAGUGUGUUGGUUUGUUACAGGGGUCUGCAACCCGCGGCUCUUUAGAAACUUCCACAAUAACUUUGGAUAACAUGAUAAAGAACCACAUAACCCUUCUAAAUAUAAACAUAAGGUGAAGCAGUAUGCCUUAAAAUGUCAUCACAAUAUUUUGUGGUGUUUAUAGCGAUACCAAUGGCGGUGAAAAUACAGUUUUUACAACUUCUUUUGGUCAUUUUUAGGCAACUAUUUUCUCUACUGACCGGUCCAUUAUGGCAUUAAUAAAUCUGAAAAUAUUAAUCAGUAAUGUGGUAAUGUUUUCAUAUAUUACCAUACAUACAUACAUACAUACAUACAUACAUACAUACAUACAUACAUACAUACAUACAUACAUACAUACAUACAUACAUACAUACAUACAUAUCUCAGAUAUAAUUAAUGGGAUUUUGUAGUUAUGAUAAAUCCAAAAAUCUUUUAAGAAACAAGAAAUGGACGUGUCUAAUAGCUAUAACACAUUAAGGUUUUAGCUGUUUUCUUCAUCCCAUGGAAUAAUUACAUUGAAUUUCCACAAAAGAAUGACAUUUGAAAGUGUAUUUUUUGUAGAUUAAUAUUCCUUGUCAUAUAGAAAACUUUUUUUUCCCCAAAAUAUUUUCCACAAAUAACAUCUGAUAGAGGAAAGUUAAUCCAUUUUGUUUUUGUUGAAGAUUUUUGGUUUUCUUUAUUUCAAAACUUAAAAACUGAAGUUAAAUUGUGGUCAUAAGGUGGAUAUGUCUCAGAAAUUAUAAGUUACAUUUUUUUCUAAAAUGUUGUGUAACAUUUCAAUCUGGAGAGACUCAGACGGAGAUAAGAAGACAA